GUGAGGCGGCGGCAGCGCGCGAGCGGGCCGGGAAGGGGGGGGCGGUGGCGGCGGCGAGGAGCAGAGGCGAGAUGAGCGCUGGGCUCCCCCUGGGCACGGAGCCGCCCUCCGCAGCCGCCGCCUGUGAAUGAACUGAGGCGAGGCCGCCCGCCGCGUCCCCCCCCCUCCCUGUUCCUCCUCCUCCUCCCCCCUCCCUCCUUCCCCUUCUCCCCUGGCCCGCCCGCCGCCGGCCCCGCCGCGGACGUCCCCGCCUGCCCCCGGCCUCCCAGCCCCCACGCGCCGUCGGGAGCGCGGAGCGCGGCCCUGCCCGCCACAGCCGGCGCCGUCCGCCGCGCCCGGGGCGGGGAACUGAAGGGAAGUCAUCAUGGGAGCAUUUUUAGACAAGCCAAAGAUGGAGAAGCAUAAUGCCCAAGGGCAGGGAAAUGGGCUUCGUUAUGGUCUGAGUAGCAUGCAAGGCUGGCGAGUUGAAAUGGAGGAUGCACAUACGGCUGUGAUUGGUUUGCCAAAUGGACUUGAUGGAUGGUCAUUUUUUGCUGUAUAUGAUGGGCAUGCUGGAUCACAGGUUGCCAAGUACUGCUGUGAGCAUUUAUUAGAUCACAUCACAAGCAACCAGGAUUUUAAAGGGCCAGAUGGGCCACCAUCUGUGGAAAGUGUAAAGAGCGGCAUCAGAACAGGUUUUCUACAAAUCGAUGAACACAUGAGAGUCAUCUCCGAGAAGAAACAUGGUGCAGACAGAAGCGGGUCAACAGCUGUGGGUGUCAUGAUUUCUCCCCAGCAUACAUACUUCAUCAACUGUGGAGACUCAAGAGGUUUACUUUGUAGAAACAGGAAGGUUCACUUCUUCACCCAGGAUCACAAACCAAGUAAUCCGCUGGAGAAAGAGCGUAUACAGAAUGCAGGUGGCUCUGUAAUGAUUCAGCGUGUGAAUGGUUCUCUUGCUGUGUCAAGGGCACUUGGGGACUUUGAUUACAAAUGUGUCCAUGGGAAAGGUCCUACAGAGCAGCUAGUCUCACCUGAGCCUGAAGUUUAUGAAAUUGAGAGAUCAGAAGAAGAUGAUCAGUUCAUCAUACUGGCUUGCGAUGGUAUCUGGGAUGUUAUGGGGAAUGAAGAACUGUGUGACUUUGUAAGAUCGAGGCUUGAAGUCACUGAUGACCUUGAAAAAGUUUGCAAUGAGAUAGUUGACACCUGCUUGUACAAGGGAAGUCGAGACAACAUGAGUGUGAUACUGAUCUGUUUUCCAAAUGCACCAAAGGUAUCACCAGAAGCGGUGAAAAGAGAGGCAGAGCUGGACAAGUACCUGGAAAGCAGAGUAGAAGAGAUCAUAAAGAAGCAGGGUGAAGGAGUACCAGACUUAGUCCACGUGAUGCGUACGUUAGCAACUGAGAGCAUCCCAAACCUCCCGCCAGGGGGUGAAUUGGCAAGCAAACGGAGUGUGAUUGAAGCUGUUUAUAACAGACUGAACCCUUACAGGAAUGAUGAUACUGACUCUGCAUCAACUGAUGAUAUGUGGUAAAACUGCUCAUCUAGCUGUGGAGUUCACGUUUCAUGCUUCAAAUGAAAGUACAGUCCAACCUCAGUUACCCUUCUUAACAUCCAUCCUCAACCUUAAAGAAGGGAAUAUGACGUGUUGGUGAGAGCGACUACAGCAGAAAACUACAGCAGUACAACGUCUAGCCCAGGAACUGAUCCUUUUUUUGUAAAACAGACUUCUGUAAACGUGAUUUCAAACCAUAAUUCAUGUUGUAAAUCAGACUCCAGCAGUUUAUGUUGUAUGAUUUUGUUUUUGUAAAGUGCAAUUGUCUUUGUACAAAAUGCUCAUAUUUAAUUAUGAACUGCUUUAAAUCACUAUAAAGGUUAGAAGAAAUGUUUGGCUUGUGUGAUGCAACAAUAUAUAUCCCUUUAAAUUCAUGUUGUGGUUUUGGAUUGCAAGGAGCAGCAGCCUAGCCAGCUAGGUGUUCAAGAGGUGCACAAAACUAAAGAUAAUUGUUGUAUAUGGAAGCUGAAUUUGGGGGCAAUUUAUCAGAAAUUGCAGCGUGUGGAUUUCCUUGGUGUAAUGGAAGAAUAAAAAAGUAGUGCACAUUCUUCAGCAAAUGUAUCUCUUGAGGCCACUCCUGCUCUCUCUCUGAGCUAAAGGGAGUUAAGAUUUUGACUUCAGUGGGAGUUGAAUCAUGCCCUAUUAAUAGUAUCAUGUGUUCAUUCGCAUAUGAACCUUGGGAUUAGAAUGCCUUGAUUCUUUGCACCUCUUUUUUCAUUAACCCUUACCUGAAAUUACUAAUCACUGAGCAUGAACAGGCAACUUCCUACAUACAGUAGGAGUCUGCAGCAUUUUUACAAUCCUGAUCGACUGGGUCUGCUGCUGUUCCAAGUAAACUACUCUGAAUUCCAUUUUAUCAAUAAAGCUUGAUUUAACAAACAAGAAAUUUAUCCAUAAAUGUGUAAUUCCUUUUUUCCUGCCUUUUAAAAUGUCAGUGCCAUUGUAAAUGAUAUUUUACAUGUGGAAAAAUAUUUUUAUUAAUUGGUAGCCCAUUUUUAAAUGGAAGGAAUUUGGAUUAGUUCCCAAGACAGCCAUAUGCUAGAGGAUGAAGUGGGAGUAAUCUGUUACACUGUUUUUUACAAGUGUGGGUUUUUCAGGUUUUUUUGUUUUUCCUCCCCACUGAAGAUGUGCAUUGGUUUGAAUUUGCCUAUUGUUUGAUAAAAAUACAUUUGUCAAAGCCUGACAAUCUUUAACAGUUUAUGGUGUGUGUUUUUAAUUGACCCACUUAGGAUGAGAGACUUAUGGUUAAACAGUACUUGUGAUCUGAAAUAUAGCAUGUUGACAGUAUUUAACUGUUCGUUGUUUAAAAUUCUAAUUUAAAAGAUAAUAAACUAAUUUGAUUUAAGCUUAGCUUUCUCCCAUUGAACAUACAAAAUUAAGUUUUAAGUCAGUCAUGUUUGCAAAACUACUGUUUUGUGCACCUUGUAUUGUCUUUUUUGGUUGAAAAUACUGUAUUUAAUAUGUAGUUCACUUUAUUCAUUUAGUAGGCAGAUUCCCCAAAUGGAAAAUCAGUAAAACAAGUAGAUUGUAACAUUUACUACAGUUAAACAGAAUCAAAACUUGGUGUAUAGUUACUUUUUGAUAGGAAAAUGUAGUACGAUGCAUUUUGCUAUAUUUGUUUCUCCCUAACUUUGAAAUAUACAUAUUUGUAUAUAUAGCCUUAAAACUAAUGCAGAGUUAGGGGACUCUGAACAGUAACUUAUAGUGUCUUGGAACUAAGUAUAGUAUAUACCAGCAAACUUUUCUUUUAUCCCUCUUGUCUAUGUGGGGUGCUUAACGUAACUUCAUUGUAUUCGGUUUGUAAUCUGUUCAAGCAUGAAUGAAGAAAACAUAAGCACUAUUUGUAUUUAUAAAUUUAUAGCAAUUUUUGCUUAAAGAACCAAUUCCUUACCUACCUAUGAAUAAAUGCUUAAAAUGUCUAAUUUUGUUGUAGACUGCAAAACUAUAAUAAUGUUAAGUUAUAGCUUCACUGGCACCUAAUUAACAAGCAUAUUUAAUACAUGGCAUAUUAGUACAAAAAGCUAAACUUAAUUUAGGACUAGGCAGAUAAAGUUUUGUCCUCUUUUUCAUGUAGACUAAAGUUUUAAUUUUGGAAACUGCAAAACCUGGAACUGGACUGCAGAAAGCUUGAGUUAAAACUUAAAAUCACAAGCAAAACUGGUGGAAAGCCAUACUUCGAACUGUAAUCACUUAAACUCUCAGUGACAAAUGCUAUAUUUUAAGCCUCUUCUUAUGAGGUUGUAUAAAGAUUAUAAAGAAAGUAAUUCUUCUGCUAUUGCUACAAGCGCUGUAACUAGGUUUGAGGGUAGGAGAAGAAAGGCUGUUCUUUCUUCUGCUUAAGCUCAGUGUUUUGAUGAGGUCAGAGCACUGACUCUAUUAUGUAUGCAAAAACACUGCCGUUUUAGAUGAGAGAUUUUGAUGACAAAAUAUGAAUUAAAUAUAUAAAGCAUCCUAGAAAAGAGACAAGCUGUACUUUUCACUGCUCUGAAAAGAAAAAGGCACUUUUGCACCUUUGUGCGUCUCCUUCUUGCACCAGAAACUUUUUUUUAAAUGCUAAAAACAUUAGCACCUCAGGGGCAAGGCAGCAAUUUUUUUGAAGUGUUGUGUGCUAUUUAUUUCCCUCCUGGAAAAAUUCCUCUGUGACAAAAAUGAAAAAUGUGUAAUGUUAAAAGAUGUAUUUUUAAAUACAUGUUCAAAUAGGAUGGUCCCAAUUUGCUUGUUUUUUAAAAGGAAAUGAUAUUUGUAAAGCUCCUUUGGUUCAUAUGCCAUGCAAGUUUCUGUUUUUCUUUUACAUUUGACAGCUUUACUGAUUUCAGUUUCUGUGAGUUUUGUUAUAGUCAGAUUAAAUGUUUCACUGAUCAUUCUGGGAAAAUACCUGUACUGCUUUAUAGACAACUGUUCAAAUUAUUCUCACUAAUUCAGCAUUGAAAUGUGCUCAAGACAGAGGCUUUUAAAAUGUAUUUUAAAAAACAAUGUUGGAUUAACUAAAUGUAAUUACAUUAGGUGUGAUUCUAGAUUUGCCAGGCUUUAAGUCCUUUGUAGCAGUAGGGUCCUGCUGGACGUGGUGGGCUAGAAGUACGCCUGUACUGUGCAGGUUACAAAGCCAGGGCUUCUGGUUGACUUGCUCUUACCUAGUCAGGCAAUACCACUGCAAAGCACUUGGUGCUUGGCCAUCAUUCCUUCUAAUCUUCUCCAGCAGAAGUCAGAAAUGGAGAGAGAAAUUUCAUCUACUUGUCAUUAAGUUAUGCUGAAUUGUGGUAAUCCUAGGAUGUGUCAUACCAGCAAGAUGCCUGAAGAAUAUUAACCAGCAGAUGAGUAAUUAUAGCACUUUAUCGCAAUAGUUCAUGCAGAUUGCAAAGCUAAUCCUUUAAAAAUGUACUUAGAACAUUGACCAUUAUGAAAUGUCCUUUAGAUUGUUUACUGAAGGCUAGUACCCUCCAACUAUAGGCUAAACCUGAGCCAUUUCGCUCAGUUCAACAAUUGGAGACUUAAAGUGAUAAUCUGACAAAACUAGGGAACGGUUUUCAUUGCACUUAAUUCCCUAGUAAGAAUCCCAUCUUAAUUUGUUACACUGGGAUAGGGUAGACACUCUAUUGCAUUGCAUUUUUUAAAAAUAAUUUAUGAGCUAAGGAUACUGUUUCAUGGUCAAUUUAUAUUAAGCCUGAACUGUUGCUCUAAGUCUUCUCCCACUGCCCCUUUUGUGCUGGCAGUAGUGCUUGUGUGGCCAUGGAGUUAGGAACAAGAAGCCUACUCUUCAGCUGGAUAAACUGAUAAUCCAGCUACCUAGCGCCCGUAUCUAAGGCAGGAUAUGGGGCGGGAAGAGUGCUCUGAGAGCCGGGGAAUGGUUAUAUUGCCCCUUUGGCGGGAGUCUGGGAAGCUGCACCCUAAGCUCAGAAAAUCCAUUGACCUGCCUAGGGAGAAUCGAUGCCUUUGCCUGCAGGUCUUUUCUGCGCAGUAGAUUUCAGACAAAUGUUUGCUUUGGUAAAUGUUAUGUUUCUUAAAACUAGCAUCAUGAAAUUUUGGUUUUAAUGUCUGCAUAGGAGUUCUAUGCUGACAAACUUUUUGUUAGCUCUCUACAGAUGCAUGUAGUUAUGUCCUAAGAGAUUGACAGUGUGGCUGCCAUGAUUAGGUUAGUGAAAUGGUGGUUUUAAUUUACCUUAUUCCAAAGUGCAUCAGAAUUUUGGCAGGAUAAAGUGUUCAUCUUAAUCUGUACUUGCCACCUUAAAUUUUUAUGCAUACUUGACUUGGUAUAUUUAAAUUUCUUCAUAUUUAAACCUGGUAUGUCUGUAAUCGGCUAACCAUUAGUAAAAUGUUGCACUUCAUUUGACAAAUACAGUUUUUAAUAAAAACCUUAGCUUAAGAAAUAGCAAAACAUGUAGAACUGUACCUGACACUUCCUGCAGAAAAUGAAAUUACUCUGUGCCAAGCUUCAUUAGGUGUAAAAAUGAUACCUUCUAGAUAACUAGUACAGCCCUUUGUCCCUGCAGCUACAGGUUUUUGAGAUGAUGGUAACUUGAGCCUAUGGAAUAUUGCUCAAAACGUCUGGUCUUGUGGUGAGCUCUCCCCUGAACUGUCCCGUGCGAAGUCCGCUGGUCUCUGCGGACUCUGGCCUGCACCUUCUGAAGCUCUUUGCAGCCCUUAUUUUACUGAGUUUUUAACUGCUUUUUAAAAGAGAGCAGUAAACUGGGCAUUUGUUCACAGAAGUUCAAGAAGUUGCAGGAAAAAUAUUGAAAACUUUUCAUGGACCACUCUGUGCAUUCAGAUCGAGAAGGAGCAUGCAACAUGCUAAAAGUUGAAUAUUUACAUAUUCUCCCAUUGAAAACUUCCAGAAAAAUCUCCAGAUGUUUCUACUAUUUACUCUUAGUAAGUAGAAAAAAUUGUUAGAUGGUAUAAUCUCUUUAUAGUGUCUUAAGUUGGUGGCCUGUAGUGAACUAGAUUUUAUGCAUAUUCCUGUGUUGGGUGUUUUGUUUUCUUUAAGAUUCCAUUUGCCUAGCUGUAAAGUGUUUUUUUCCCUCAUGUUGACAUUUUACUAAGGUCCUUGCUUCCAAGCUAUAAGGCUAGAGUGAUGAUUGUGUCCUAGGAAACUGGGUUUGGGGGUGAGGCUUUCUUUAAAUAUGACAGAAAAACCCUAGCCUUUACAGUCACAAUCUGGGAAAACAGGCUUAAUUUUAAAAAUGCUUUUUAUAGGAUUAAUGAAACAGUUCUAUCCUGAAACACUGAAAACGUCAGUAGAGAUGGGAUGAUGAUAGGUCAGAUUUCUAGGAUAUUUAUUUUACGUGUAGCCAGAUUUUCACAUUUAACUCAAUUUGAUUACUGCCUGAAUGCUUUUAAAAAUUUCUCCAGACAUCUACAUUUUUUACAAAAAUAAAACCAACGGUGCUUACUAGUGUGUAGCUAGUAAUUUAUUUGCAACAGUGAGUGUUUUAUCAGGUAGUAACAUUUUUCUUUAAGAGUGUUACCUCUGUAGUUCUUAAGCCGCUUGAUGACGUUGAGCCAAAAACUGAAAUUAAUUUUGGCUUCCGUUAGUUGUAUAGCUCUGAAGAACUUGUUGGGAGCGUGGGUGGUUUUUUAUAGCUAAAAUAGACAGGACUCGAAUAUUGUGAGUAAGCCUCCAGAGUGAAGGAGAUGCCAUUAUUUCUUCUGAGAAGCUAUGCCUUUGUAAAGAAAAUGGAUAAAACAGACUGGCAAGUCGCAAAACAUGGUCUUUCUUAUGUCGGUGCCUGUAGAUUGAAGUCUGCAGGGUUUAAUUUCGCAUGUGUUGCUGAAUUCAACUCAAUUUGAGCAACGGAAAUAUGAGUGGCCAAUUUCAUUUUCCCUAUUGGGAUUUCAGGCCAGAAUGCAGUAUUUCUCUUCAGACUAGAGGAGAAAACUAAAGAAAGAUGAUCCUGAGAAACUCAGGCUUGUAUUUAACCUCACAUGUUACUGAAGUUGAUGGAGCUUUGCUCACAAUAUGUAAAGUUUGCAUGUGUAUAGUUAGAGAUUUACCUGUCCUAUUUUUGUUGGAAUUAAAAAGAAAUGUAGUCUACUCAGUUUUGGUUUUGAAAAAGGCUUUCUGGGUGGCUAAAGGGAAAUAAAGUGGUAAUAGUAAAGCAAAAUGUUAGCUUAAUGGAAAAUAACAAUUUUCUAAUUCUUUAACUAUGUAAGCGUUAUUUUUGUUUGAAAACAUUGAACACAAUUUAUGAAUUUUGUUCUUUCAUGUGGUGCUUUUAACUUUAAAAAAUAAAGAUGGAACCCCAAAUAAGUUGCCUGAGGUGGGGAGGUAAUGCGGCCCUAAAACUCUAGGAAUAACGUGCUGAAUUUACAUAGCAUUAUUUCCAUGUCCAGUCACGGACCUAUUGAAGAGGCCUGUACUGGUAUCUUUAGGAGAACUUUUAUUCUUGUUGAGUAUUUGAUGCUACACUGUCAAGUGCUGCAAUUUGAAACUUCCAGACUUUUGAAUUGGAAACUGGGCAUUUUACAGUAGACUCUCUGGGACCUGAAAUGCUGCAAUACCUGUUACCACACGUUCUGCAGGCUAAUGCCACGUAAGCAUUUGGUGCUGGAAGUUGGGAUUUCCUAGCGUACAUUUUAUUGCUGGUAUUGCCAUUCACCAUAACCUCGAGUACCAAGAGUUCAAUUGUAUUUAUUAACUAGAUCUAACUCUUUGGUGCCAGGAAUCUAGUUUUUAGGGUAAGUGCUACAUUGUGCAAAUGAUUAUGUCAAAUAGUGCCAGCUAGGUCAGUGUACGCAAAACUAAGCCACCGGUGGCAAAGGAUUAAUAAGUAAUAAAAGCCUAAAUUCUCUUAGCCAGGGAAGACUGGAUAUUUGAAAAGUGUGAAGUCGGGUUUGAUUCUCAGAACUGGCUGCUUUGUAAGUCUUUCAAAGCAGAGAUUUUGGUUUUUAGCAUCUGUCUUGUUUCUAAGACCGUGUACAAACAUGCUGAAUUAGAGAGUUUUCACCUGUCUCCUCACAGAAUUGACUCCGUAUCGUCAAACAAAUCUCAUUUGUAGUGACAUGCUGUGCCUGUCUUUUUAGAAAAUUCAUAACCUCUUUAUUUUGUGGAAAGUGUAACUUUUUCAUUGAUGACCUGUAUAAAUGUGUGUUACGAAUGGAGAGAUUUAAGCUUGAAAAGCAUGUUUGCAGAAUACACAGCUUCAUUAUGGAAUUUAUAAAUUUAACAGAGUAAUAUACAAGAGCAUAACUAUUUUCCUUAAGUAGAAUGUAUAACAAUAUAUAAUAAAUUAUUCUCCACGUAGUUCACCCACUCUUUACAGUUUUACACAAUUCAAACUGUGUGUUUACAGAAAGUUCAAUAAAUGUAUAUUUUGUACUAUGUACAGAUUCCUGGUCCCAAAGAAAAUGUGUGAACUUAGUUUCUAACUUAACUUUGGAGAUUGUACUUUUUUUUUCGGUUUGGAAGCAAUUGAACAAACUGCAUUAUGCCUGUUGAUGGUGGAGGCUUGCAUUGGAGUAAGUGGGAAUUGGAAAUAUUUCUAACCUACAAAAGUGAUUCCACUAAAUAAAACAGGCGUUACAUCAUA